UCUGUUUUAGGCAGUUUAAAAGGAGAGAAAGAGACACUGGGAAAAGAAAGUUUAAAAAGGGAGAGAGAGAGACUGGGAAAAGAAAAGGAGGCUCUUCAGAAGAAUUAUGAAAUUUUAAAAAGCGAGAAUAUGAGACUGGGAAAAGAAGCCUCUUUUAAAGUGGGUUGCUGCUUUGCGGUAGUUGUUCUGAUUUUACUGGUAGCAGGCAUCUUCUGUUUUGCUUGUUAUACAGAAAAGGAGGAUCUUCAGAAGCAAAAUGAAAGUUUAAAAAACGAGAAAGAGAGACUGGGAAAAGAUUGUGAAGAACUUCAACAGGACCGGAAUAUUUUAAAAAGCGAGAAUGAGAGACUGGGAAAAGAAAAGGAGGUUCUUCUGGAGCAAAAUGAAAUUCUAAAAAAGGAGAAUGAGACACUGGGAAAAGAUUGCGAAGAACUUCAACAGGACCGGAAUAUUUUAAAAAGUGAGAAAGAGAGACUGGGAAAAGUAAAUGAGUGUCUUCUGGAUCAAAAUGAAACUUUAAAACAGGAGAAAGAGAAGGUUGAAGCAGAAAAGGAGGAUCUUCAGAAGAAAAAUGACAGUUUAAAAGGCAAGAAUGAGAGACUGGGGAAAGAAAAGGAGGAUCUUCAGAAGCAAAAUGAGACUUUAAAACAGGAGAAAGAGAAGGUUGAAACAGAUUUUAAAGAACUUCGAAGGAAUACCAACACGUGUGUCUAUGCCGUUGACAGAGAUUGGAAAAAAUUAAUUGAAGCUUGUGUCAAUGUGACUCUAGACCCCAACACAGCCAGCCCCCUCCUCACAGUCUCUGAAGACGGCUCACGAGUGAGAUUCACAGGGGAGAGAUCAGCAGAGUGGCCCAGUGUGCUGGGCAGGGAGGGGUUCACCUCAGGGAGGCGCUACUGGGAGGUGGAGGUGGGGGAGAAGGGCUACUGGGUCCUGGGGGUCUCCACACACCCUCAUGAGAAAAGCAUACCUGAGAAACCAGGGGAGGGCUACUGGCUUGUGAGGCUGGAUAAAUGGAAGACUUGUAAAGCUGUGAGCCAGUCAGUGGAUCAGACCUUAAAUCUGGAGAAGAUCUGCAAGGUGUGGGGGGUGUAUCUGGAUCACGGGGGAGGGAGGCUGUCAUUUUACAAUGCAGAGACCAGAUUUCACAUCCAUACUUUAGAAGGCUCAUUCCCUGGGCAGGUCUACCCCAUUUUCAGCCCAGGGUCACACGAUAAAGGACCCUUGAUAAUCAAGGCAAAAGUGAAGAAUGUGUAGUCCUGACAAGUAGCCUGCUACACUAUAUAUAUAUAUAUAUAUAUAUAUAUAUAUAUAUAUAUAUAUAUAUAUAUAUAUAUAUAUAUAUAUAUAUAUAAACACAGUUAUGUGCUGUGGAUUCUAAUUGAAGGGCAUGGAUAUUUUAACAACACAUUGACACCACGAUUUUAUUUCAAAUAUUUAGACUCGUAUUUACUCAAUCAGAUAUCCUGCUUGCAUA